ACCAGAGAGAUCUAGAAGUGUCAAAGUAAAGCCGGAGCGCCGUCAGCCUGUAGGCGUCCUGUUGAUGCACCAGAAAUCUGAAGAUUUUAACAAUUCCACUAAAACCGGAGAAAAAUAGCAAAUUAUUAUAAGAAAAGAGGACUGUGCGCGUCAGACAGCGAGGGAGAUUAGAGGAGUUAUUUAGGUAGAGCGGAGAGGCAAGGGCAGCCAGCCGGGUGAUCAAAGUGUUUCCUGGCUUUAAUGCGAUCCGACUGUGCCUGGAGCAUGUCCACAGUGGGCUUGACUGCCCAGGAGAUCUCUUUUCCCAUAGAAUACCCCUUCCUCCAGGGCAGAAAUUGUCACAGCAUGGCUGGAUCCAAGCCCUCCUGGAGCUACCGCCAUGAACCCACAGACAAUUUCUACUUCAGCAUGGACACACAUAUAGACCGAGGUUACCAAAGUCAGCAAAGAGGGUCACCUCAAAGUCAUAAGAAGUCUAAUAGCAGUCCUAAGUCUCAAAGAUUACUUCCAAAGAAAUCCCGACCCUCCCAUCUGUCCUUGUCCAGUAGUGCAGAACCAUCCACCCCAAGUCCUGCAGAUGAUGACCAGGUGGUUCCCUCAUUUAAGAGGCUGUCCUUCUAUGAGAGCAGCCCACCUUCAACGCCAGAUAGAUAUUCAAAGCCCCUGCCGCCCAUCCCACCACAAACGGACAUCUCCGCUGAGCAGGCUAUGGACAGUGAGGUGGAGUUUUUUACUAGAACGGAUGACAGUUGUCGCCUUGUGUCCAAUGAAGAGCAGUAUUCCAAACCUUCUUUUCGAUAUGGACUCUCUAGCAGAAGGAGCUUGAGGGACCCCGGAAAAAUAAACUAUGGUUAUAACGACGGACCUUUAGGACCACAAACUCAGCAGCAGCCCCAACCCCAGCACCACCAGACACAUCCCCCGCAUGAAGUGCGACAACAGCAGCGACAAGAGCCACCAAAGCAUGUGGUCUGUCCAACACAGCAAGACAAAGCUCAAAGGAAGUUGCGACGUUCUCACUCUGGCCCGGCAGGAUCUUUACACAAACCCUCACUGCUGCGCCUUUGUCAAAAGCGUUACACCAAUGGCACAGGUAAAUCGGAGGUGCCACCGCCAAUCCCACCCCGCAAUACCAAGACCGGGGACAUGCGCCGCUGGUCAGCAGAGGUCUCGUCUGGGGCUUACAGUGAUGAGGACAAACCACCCAAGUUGCCCCCAAGGGCCAGAGGCAUCUCCCGAACACCAAGCCCAUCCAGCAUCCCCACAUAUGCAAACGGGAUCAUGCCCCCCACCCAGAGUUUUGCACCAGACCCAAAGUACGUCAGCGGGCGUUGUUUUCACAGACAGAACAGCGAGGGUUCUCCAUGCAUCCUCCCUGUCAUGGUGGAUGGGGAGACAAGCCACACACAUUACUACCUUAUGCCUCAGAGGUCUGUGUUUGCAGAUUCAGAUUGUGACUGCCACACCAAGAGGAAAGUAGAUUUUGUUUAAUUUGAGAGGUUCUGAUUGAAGUAGUAGAGGGACUGUACCACUUCACAAAACAAUGAAAGAAGACGCUAACAACCGUCUAACUGCUGCUUUUUACUGUUUUCUUUUUUUUUUUUGGCUAAAUACCCACACGUAUUCUAAACUCACAGGGUAUGUGUGUACUGUAUGUAGUUACUGUUAAUGUUGAACAGCUAUCACAACUAAGAUGCGUCAUUGGACUAAAGAUUGUGAUCAAAAGCAUUGUAGAGCUUAUUUUUGAUAUGAUCUUAUUUCAUAACAUUCAUUACUGUAUUGUGUUUUUUUUUGUUUUAGCUGUGGUUAAUGAUGUGGUACAAUCCGAUGGUGCAAGCGGGCCUUGCACCUGAUGUGCACAGUGUUUUGUGUUUAGAAUGGUGGGGAUGUUUUUUUUUUUUUAUGUAAUGCACAUCGGGCUUUCUGUGAUGCUGCUUUUGUAUCUUGCAAGGGACAAAAGGUCAGUAAAUGUAAACCAUGUAACACUUAAUAUAUGAAGUCUAAACCCAAGCCCAGUGAACUUUUUUUUAUUGAAAUGAAGGAUCCUAGCCAGCAGUGUGAUGUUGUAUUGCAACAUUUCUGAAAUGUAGUUCCAGUUCUGCUUGAGCCAUGUUUUCUCCACAUGGCAAUUUGUUUCUGGUAGCUAUUCUUGUUUCCAAAGGAAUCUUUGGUGCAGCUUAUAUGGAGAAGUUGUCUGUUGAUGAGAGCGUUUGUGUUUGUGCAUGUGAUAUACAGUAGUUUAGAGGUGAACCUUCUGCAAUAUGUAGAGAAUUCUCAAUGCAUCCUGUUACUGUGUGCUAUUUUCUUUCCACGCACAAGUUCAUUUACUUUCAGUCUGUUUCCAGGUCUGAUUUCCUGCACAGCAAUUGUGCUUGCUAUACUCACAGAAAUUUCCUUGAACUCUUAAAGUAACCAAUAGUUGCUUCUAUUUGUGUACAGAUAUCUUUUUUUCCAAGUUCUCUGUCAGAAAAUCAACAGAAAGACCCCCCCAAGUGAUAUUCAAUUUGGCCUCUGCACUUCUAAAACAUAACGAAAGUUCCAGGUACUGUUUGUCUGUUAGCACUUCUGCAACUUAUGUUCAAACUUCCUGAACAUGCCCAUUUUAAUGUUUGAAUGCUUAAAUUAGAAAUUGAUAUAUUGUAUUUCGGCUGUAUUUUAGAUUUUGGGCAACAAAUCCAAAAACAACUUCUCAUCAUUCUCAAAUCUGACUAUCAAGGCAAGAUGAGCUCAGGGUUACUUAUGGUUCAAGUUGUGAAAAAGUAUUACCAAAUGUUUCUAUUCAUUUAAUGUUUCCUCUAAAGUUGUCCAAAGAGAUGUGGUAGAAAGCUCAAUGUAUGACUUAGUUCUAACCGGAUAUCCAUAAAUGGGGUUUUGAAUCAGGCAGGUUGAAAAUCAGAUAAGUCAGUCCAACCAGUUUAUACAGAUGCAUUGCAGAGACAGCACAGGGUUUACCCUCCUGUCUGCUUGACACAGACUUUCCUGUUCUGCACAUGCAUUCCUAACCUUAUGUGGUUGCAGUGGGUGUGGCCUUAAAGACUUUGGCUGCUGGCAGCCAGGAAGAACGUAUGAGUUUUAUUGUCGUAGAUUAUUCACCAAGCACCCGGAUGUUGUGAAAAUUGUAGCGCAUGCAUAGAAGUAACCCCUUCAGUAUCAAACAUGGUGUUCAGAUUUUUGGAAAUAUAACCUCUGAGGUCAGUCAGUCAUUGAAGUCUACUCUUCCUUCCUUUCUCCAUCCUCUUCUUUCUCACAGGCUUUGCCAUCCACAAUGUUGCUUUUUGACCUAAAAAUCUGAGAUGUUUACAUCACACACUAUUUAAUCUUAAGGUAUUCGUUUGUCUUAUGAGAAAUAAUGAAACUAAAUGAAGACUAGUAUAUCAAGAAAUAACUUCUCUGCUGUGGUUGAAAUGAAAUGCACUGGGAGAGUUUAGUAUGCUUUGUACAGUAUUUAAAAAUUCCAUUUGUUAUUUUGAAUAGCGAAGUCUUUUAAAAGAAAGCCAAAAUAAAAUGACUUAUUUAUGAGGUUG